UUAUCCACCGGUUAAAUGCCAUCCAAGCUGGCACGUGUGCUGCCAGUGGAUACUGGAGAGUGUCCGUGUGGCGCCAGCGAACCUCCCUCUGUAAUCUCCUCAUCCUUCAAGUCACCCUCUCCGUCCCUCUCUCAUCAGAAAUGAAAGGUUGCACUCUCCAAAUCCCAAUUCAAAUGACAGCUUCCUCAAUAUCUCAAAGUGGGAAACCAAGGAUGACUCAAGGUGAUGGAUUGGCCAGUAAAUUGGCUCCCCGAACAAUCUGCAGAGUCUCGAGGAGGAGGUUAUUGUUGGAAUCUAUGGGAUUCAGUGCUGCUGUACUAUAUGAUUGUCCUGCUCUUACGGCGCCAUUGCCAGAGACGAAGGAACCUGAAAUCAUCCGGUCUCUAAAGCUAAGGAGUGGAGUGAAAAUCCAAGAUAUUGUUGAAGGGGAAGGAGCAGAAGCGCAUGAAGGAGACUUGGUUGAAUUUAAUUAUGUUUGCCGGCGUUCGAAUGGAUAUUUUGUUCAUAGCACCGUUGAUCAAUUUAGUGGAGAGAGUAGGCCCGUGGUACUCCCUCUGGACGAGAAACAGAUCAUACGGGGCUUGAAAGAGGUUUUGAUUGGCAUGAAGGUUGGAGGGAAGAGGAGAGCACUGAUACCUCCCACUGUUGGAUAUGUCAGCGAGACCUUGCAACCGAUCCCUGAUGAGUUUGGUCCUCGCCGGAGCCUUCUGGCUCAUGUGAACGAGCCAUUGGUCUUUGAAGUUCAGCUCUUGAAGGUGCUGUGAUUAUCUGUAUGUUCGUCCAAUCUUUAUAUUGUAAGAUACAAUAGAGAAGUUUGGAUCAAAUACAUCCUUUCUCCUUGUGUUUUAGAUGCUAGAGAAGAAAAAAACCUUUUGUUCUUAGGAAAUGUGGAGAUUUGUUGCGA